GGUAACCUUUACACUCUUUCGUCCUUUGCCUGUCUGCAUGAAGACCGUUAGCUUAGAUGUUAGAAAAAUACAGAAUUUAAUCUAUAGAAAACUCUCACGAAGAAAAUCUCACUUUUGCAGAAGGAAAUGAAGAAGGAAAGCGCUUUAAAAAAGAAUGUUAAACUAGUAGUAGAAAGUAAGCUGCUCUCAAAAAUCUUACCCAGAAGGAUAAGCGCCUUGUCCUUCUUGGAGCAGUCCGAAGAAAGCACAGAGGACAUCCCGGUCGAACCUCCUCCUGAUCCUUUUAACCUCAGAUAUAACGAGAGACUGGCCAGCAAGAAGAUACGAACGCGGCACGUCUCGGACCCUGUUAUACCCGUGCUGGUGAAACGUCCCUUUGCUCACAAGCCACCGGUGGUCAGACCAUUCACCUUGGGACUGCAACUCGCCCUGGAUGAGAAGAAGCAAUCAUUGACACUCUACGAACCCUUAAGUCAAUUCACGAGGAGCAAAGUAGAGACACUUAAGCUGGACAGGGUGCAGAAGCCGUGGUGCCAACAUGCCACACUUCGCAGGGAGCUGGCAAAGCAGGAGCUCGCCCUCCACGCCUGGGAGGACAGGCUAAAAUCCGUAACCAGGAAAACGACUUGGAUAUCCAAGAAGAUUCGCCGACCUACAACCGAGCUGCUGUUCAGCACACCGCUCAUUCUACCGCCACCACAAGAUCACCAGGGCAGGUCGCACGGACCAGAACAUGACUUUCCCAAGGUCAAACACCAGGAGAGGUUCUAUCAUUCAGACGCCUUCUUCUGGAUGCCACAAAGGGUCGGGCCCGCCGAGUUUGCCAUCGACACAAGUCCCACGUGGACGGAGAAAAAGUUCUACAAGCCAUCAAUGACUAUCGCAAGGCCUCGUCUCGAUGACAUGCUGCCCUCCAGCUUAAGGAACGAGAAGAGGUAUCAGGAUCAGGAAAGAGCACGAAAGCCUCUCAAAAAUAUUGUCGUCAAAGGUGCAGCAGCGCAGCUUCGCUGCCCAUCGUUAGUCGCCCAAUGCUUACCUGACGACGACCGCAGAGAAACAUCGGAAAAGAUACCGUCUCCCCAUGGGGCGAUAUCAGACCCCGUCCACAGCACAGCCUGCCUGAUGGUGGAGGGCAAGAUGUACUACUGGGGUGAGCAGUGCAUACAGGACCUCGUGGAGGUUGGCUUUGUUUGCCGGGCGGGAGAGCGGGCGUACAACGAAAUCCGGCUGGCCAACAUGGGCAGCACCGUCAUCCAGUGUGUCUGGUGCAAAGAUGUUCACUCGAACCACUUCAACAAGGGGCACUACUUUAACGAGCACUUCAUUUUCGAUUCCUCGGACCGUAUUCUCUUGCCGCUGGACCAGGUGACAUUGAAGGUGCAGUUCCACGCUGACUACCCCGGUUUCUGGCGGGAAGUCUGGCACCUGAAGACAAAGCCAGCGUUGGGGCCUGACGGAAGCAGUAACAUCCCCAUCAGUCUGUGGGCAAGAGCCCUGGUCUCUGACGACAACAAAUGUCGAAGAAGGGAGCUGGAGGAACAGCUGGACUUUCUUGUCACCAAUCGAAUCGCUGCCAACAUUGCUGAUCAGCUAAUGAGGAACCUGCCAUAUGGCGAUCACAAAACCAUCCCUGUGACCGAGGACAUGUUCGUGGUGGACGACGUGGAGCUGUUCGAAAAGGCCAACCCCGGCCUCUCCUACCAUGGCCACGCAAUGUUCACCAUUAUGAAAGUCUACAGGAAGGUACGGGAGUUCAGGCGCCCCACGACUGAGGUCGACAAAGAAAAUUUCAUACUAGAGAGGCAGCCAACAACUCCUCAGAAAACAGAAGAAUCCAAUGAGAAAGGAAAAAUACCGGUAGUCCUUUCAUCAAAAAAGAUCUCUGUACAAUCAACCAAUGUAGGCUGGAAUAUGAACGUGGGACAAGCCAGAAGAGACAAGCUGUCACAGAACGGCGAACUCAAGUAUGAUGUGAUCGAUGUUAAAAGGCCGUCCAGGACACACGACGGACCAAGGAAGACCGAGGUAGAUGAGCUGCUAGAGGGAAAUCGUGCCGACCAAGACCCACUGGAGCCAAGAAACAUCACCGUCAAGGAUCUUCACAAUAUGGUGGAGGGUCUUGACGAAACGUUGGAGGAAAAGGAUCAUAUGUUUAUGGAGUUGAACGAGGCGGUGAGUGACAUGAGCUUUCACCGAGAUCAACCGAAUGUGCAUAAUUUCAAGCACAUGGUUUGCCGGACGAUGCUGUGCCAGGCUGCAGACGACGUGGCUGGCAUCGCACAGCGGCUGAGGCACGACAUGCGUCUGGGCCUGCGGACGGAGUACUUCAGCCGAGUCACCUCGAGCAAUGGUAGUACCGACAAUGGAGUCAAGAUGCUGACGGCAGUUCAUCACACCAGUAAAGGGGAGAAACUGGACGUGCCAAAUCAGAAAGAAGAUGCGCAUCGACGCCCGACUCAAAAGCGGUCGAUCGUUAGGACCAAAAAGUUGUCGAAGGUGAAUGGGCAUAGACCCUCAAUUCAUUCCCAGCAUUCCUUGAAUGACGUGACUAAGGACAUUAUUCCUAUGAUCAGCGCUACUGAGGUCACCAGCUCGGUUGAGAUGUACAGGAACGUGCUGUCCGUGCUGGUAUACGAGCGUGUUGAGCGCCUUCUGCUAGACCUGCUGCCCCUGAUGACGUGUGAUCGGCCACAGCUGGACCCACUCAAGCACAGGCCAGAGCUGUGACGUGCGUUAGUUUUGUCUCCGCUGAAAUGUCUUAAAGCUGUUGAUUAUUAGAAGUUGAUUUGAAGUCACAAUAAUGUCGGACAUGAGAGGAAGUUCUGCAAGAGUAAAAAAAAAAAAAAAAAA